AUGUAAAAAGUAUAUUUUACUCUUAUCAAUUCAGAACAAUUAUGGUUUUGGUGUUGAUGAAAAAGCGAAGAAAAUUGAUAAUGAACAUUCUGAUGAGGCAAUUGAAUUGAAAGAUGAAAAUGACAAGAAAUUGGUUGUGGUUAAGAAGAUGAAGACUAAUGUAACGUGUUUACCUACUACUUUAUUAGAUUAAGCUGGAGCUAGGGGAGCUAAAUAGGCUGCAUAAAGUGUCUUGUUUUAAGAAGGAAAGGUUUCUUUGUCUGCUGGUGCUUAAAAUCCAAAUGAUUAUUCAAAUUUAUAAGUAGGUGCAGAAGUCAAAUAAUAUUUUGAGUUUAUCUCUAGGUAUUUCUAUUUUUCAUUUAAGAUACAACUGUAUAAAGUUCCUUAAAUGGUUUUGGAUGCAAAAUUAAAACCAUUUAUUCCAGAUUAUUUACCUGAGACACUUGUUUUAGUUGCAUUAGUAAUCUAACUAUAUUUAAUUUUUAGGAUGAAUCUGCUCUAAAUCAAUCCAAAAGGGCUAAAUUUGAUUUACUGAUGAGAGAAAAUGUAAAAGUAACAAAAAGGGCAAAAAUACUACUAUUCAUGCUAUAGAAAAUGCUAAUAACAACUCAAAGGAAAUUAUAGCAUGUAUUAAUGAUGUAGCAGAAAUACAUAAAAAAAAGUAACCUACAUCUGUUUCAUAUUCUAAAUUAAGCCUGCUAUUGA